GCAGCGAGCAGCGCUCGAGAGGCGCAGAGCCUGUACGCCUUGGCCUGGGCAAUUAAGCGGGGCAGUGAGAAGAUCAGACCUAGAUUUGCGCAGCCUCACAGAGGGCCAGAAUACUUCCUGGCAGGCCACAGAGGAAGCAAUUAGAAUAAGAAGCAGCUGGAUGAAAGUGAGCUUUAAGGCUGUUGCCAUGGGGACUGAGAGACAGAAAGGCAUUUGAAGGGAGACCACUGGCAGGCUUCAGACAAUGGAUGGGAAUGGGGAGCAGAGAGAUGGUACAGUGCAGUUGGAUCUUAGCUUUCCAGGCCAGCGAGCCAGCACACCUGCCUUGGCCUGUUCCCCGGGUGCACACUCUGACCUCUGUCCGCUCCUUCCUCUUGCUCAGAUUCCUCUGCCUGAAAUGCCUCCCCUCCAUUCUGCCCCGUCUGAGUCCCACCUGCUUGCUCCCAGGCAUCUUCCUCGCUCAAGUUGAUUCUGGCCUGCCCCAAAGAGUAAUGAGUCAGUCCUUACUCCCCCAGGGGAGGCCCCACAGCUAGGCAUUCUGCUUUUCUUGUGUCAUCUGAAGCGUGAACUUGCUCAGAGCCUGGCUCCCCACCCCCACCCCACCCCCUUUAAAGUGGAUGUAACUCAAGUACUGGCUUCAGAGGGUUGUGGGAAUGCAAUGAAAGCCUUUACUGCAUAGUAAGCACAGGCUUUGCCUCUAAGUGGGUUUCAAGCAGCAGCAGGUGAGAGUGGCAUUUAGUAAGUGCAUGUUGAUGGAAUACGCGAUGGAAAAGGUUUUUACAGGGGGUUUGCUAAAGACGCGCUUUAAUUUGUGUGCAUGCGUAGCAGAGGGCGUGGGAUCCCCUGGCACCGAGUUGUAGGUGGUCGCGAUCUGCCUGAUGUGGGUGCUGGCAACCUAACUCGGUUCUUCUGGAAGAGCAGCAAGUGCUCCUGAGUGCUGAGCCAUGGCUCCAGCCGCUCACAGGCGCCCUUAUUUCUUCAAAGGCAAAUGGAUACUUUGUACUUGUUCGGCUAGAAGGGAUGAAACGUGUGCUGGACAGUCUCAGUUUGUAAUCCUACUGGGGACUGACCCCGUGGCGCUCGUAGACUUUGACAUGUCCCAGCUUUUUGGUGGAGUUUGGGGAAUCGGGCAUGGCUUUAUCUAGUGAAUGAACUCCGUGGCAGGGCAGUGUGUCACUGGCAACAGGAUUGCCAGCAGAACGUCACCCAGAGAGGCCCAGACUCCUGCAUCUGGGGAGAAAGGAGAUGGCUGCUGGGGAGAAAGCCACUGAAAUCAGAGCUGGGCACAUGAAUGUGGGGCCAGUGUGUGUCAGUUCCAAGCCCUUGAUGAGUUACUUUAUCGACUAUCCCAGUCCUCUGACUUGUUCUGUACAGAAAAAGCUGAUCUCUCUUGUGUUGUCUGUCCAGCUUGCUGUCAGUCUAUGUGGAAGUUACCACUUCAUACUAGUCAUUUUCCAGUUUUUUCUUUCCUUUUAUUUUAUUUUUGUGAUAACAAUGUAAUUACAACAUUUCUCCCUUGCUUUUCGCCCCUCAAAACUGUCCCAUAUGUCCUUCCCUACUGUCCUUCCAAUUCAGGACUCUUUGUUUCACAAGUUGUUAUUGCACGCAUAUAUGUAUAUUCAUAAUAGGUAUAUAUUCCUAAAUAGAACCUGUUCCUUCUCUAUAAUGUCACUUGUGUGUAUGUUUCAGAGCUGACUGUUCAGCACUGGACAACCAGUUGGUGUCUCUUCCUCGGGGAAUACUAUGUCUUCUGUUCCCAGCUUUUCGUAGUUGCCAGUAGUUUUUUUGUGUAGGGUUGAGACUUCAUGGGUUUUUCCCAGUCCAGUUCGCCUUCUUCAUUAGUGUCAUCCUUGUUCAGCACUCGUUUAGGCUGUCAUGUUGGUGAGACAUUAUGGGUGUGCCUUCUGACAUUAGUAAGAGACACAAUCUCACAGCAAGGUCCCUGAUCCUCUGGCUCUUACAUUCUUUAUGCCCCCAUCUUUCCCCCUGUUCCCUGAACCAUUACAGAAGAUCCCCUUGACUUGGGAUUUAUUUAUUAUUUAUUUAUUCAUUUAUUACCAUAUUUGUGAGUUUGUAUAUAUACUGAAAUUUUGGGUAUUUUCUUUCCAAUUUUGAUAGUACAUAUGAGAAUGUAAUUCCACUUCCUGCUUGGCAAAGCAAUUUGGGGUAUAUUUAAUGCUGCCACAGCAGUGGAUUGAGGAGAGGGUGCCAUUUCCCCUUGUCUUUACAUAAAUGAACCAUUGUUUCACUCCACAAGGACAAUUCAACUCUGCACAGCAGGACAGAGAGCCAACUAACAAUGUAUAGCCUAGGGCCUCAACUCCCAUCUAGUUUUCCUAGAGAAGUAAGUGGGAACAGGGCUUAGACUCUAGGCUUUUUCUGCUAAGCCACAAAAACUGAUUCCUAUAGUGCUUUCUGGUCAUUUAUUUAGAGGAAAGAGUCAUAUACAGGUUUUAAAGGCAUGGACUCCAAAGGGAGAUAUUUUUUGGCUCAGUUCCAGAUUCUACCAUAUAUGAGAUUAAAAUCCUUGGGAUGUUGCUGAAUCACUGCUAUCUAUGAAAUCAUGGAGACUAUACUUGUCAGGCACAGUUACCAGCUCUCUAUCACAAGAGAUUACAUUACAUUUCCUGUCAUUUAUGGGAAUAAAUUCAAACACUUUUACCCAUUUUCCACCUGGUCUUCCACAAUGUUUCCUGGGCCUUGGAAGAGGUUAUAGAGAUGUCCCUUAUAAGGGCCAGAAGAGGGCACCAGAUCUCAUUACGGAUGGUUUUGAGCCACCAUGUGGUUGGUGGGAAUUGAACUCGGGACCUCUGGAAGAGCAGCCAGUGCUCUUAACCACUGAGCCAUCUCUCCAGCCUGGUACAGCAUUUCUUUAUGACAUCUGUGUCUUCGGUCGAGAACAGCUGCUGUCACUGAGUCAGCUUUUCCAUAUAGUUUUGGUUGCUCCCUACUGGCACUCCAGCUUUCAAGUCCACUACUAGAUGUGAAGCUGAAGGUUCUGAAUUGCUGCCAUACUCUGGAUUUCUUCCUGCUUGGUGUUCAAAAGAUCAGAUUUUACUACAUCUGAAUUUCAUUAACUUUACCCAACUACCUAGAAAACACAUCUCAGACUUGCCAAGAGCUAUCAAGACACCUUUUGUGAUCAACAGCGAGAAAAUGCUUGGAAAACUCAGCAAGCAGUUUUUCCUGCUCAAAUGAUCUUCUUCUCAGUUACUGUUUUCAGCUGUGUUCCAGAAAGCUGAGGCUUCUCUGAGCCAGACUUCUGGUCAGUGAAGCAUCAGUGUCCUCGUGCGAGCACUUCCAGCAGGCCCCUACUGAUAGAUUGCACUAUAGCGGAGACAUCUUGCGUGAAAUAGUGCCCUACCAAAAAAAGCUUUACAAAGUGCCAGAGAGACUUUUUAUCAGUUUGAAAGUUUUUCUUCAUCUAGCUCUCUAGUAAAUAUGGAUGUAAAGCUAAAAGAUCGGGACUUCUGGUACAGCCUCCAUGGCCAAGUCCCCGGGAUGCUGGAGUGGGACAUGGGAAAUGAAUUUUUCCUGCCUUGUACCACAGAUCAGUGCUCUUUGGCUGAGCAGAGUCUUGCCAAAUACAAAAUUCAACUGCUAAAACCACCAGCACAGCCUCAGGAGAGGAAGCCCAGUACUGAUGAUGAUGGUCCUCCCACUGAACCCAGCUUGUGGAUGUGGGUGAACCCCAACCUUGUGUGCCCCGCCAACAGCAAAGAGGCUCCAAAUCCCAGUCAUAAAGUCCUGCCAAGUGCACCAGGCCCCAAGACUGAUGAGUCUGGCUGCUUAGCGACUCAGAGAGUGAUGCAGCCCUUGCCUUUUCUCCACACCGAGCAAUGUCAGCAACCAAAGCUGUCCACGGUCUCCAACGACCCUGACAUCAUAGAGGAGGAGACUGAGGAACAGGAAUGCACAUCCUCGAACAAAUACAACAAGAAGCCCCACACGCUGUACCCUGAGAGGCAAUCCUGGCCACGCCCUCCUCUCAACUACAGCCAUCUAGUUGCUCUAGCAUUAAAAAGCAGCCCUUCCUGCGGCCUCAAUGUGCAGCAGAUCUACAAUUUUACUCGACAACAUUUCCCCUACUUCCGGACAGCACCAGAGGGCUGGAAAAACACCAUUCGCCACAAUCUCUGCUCCCUGACCUGCUUUGAAAAGGUGCCAGUCCCCCUUGAGGAUGACGGGGAUGGAAAACCUCGCUCUUUUCUCUGGAAGCUCACUGACGAGGGACACCGCUUCUUUCAGGAGGACACCCGUGUCCUGGCCUAUGCUCGAAAGGAGAGCAUCAAGCAGUGUAUGCGCCAACCAGAGCUGAUAGACCUUCUCUUUCAUUUGUAAUGUUUUCUUGUGUGUGUGUGUGUGUGCGUGCGCGUGCGCGCGUGUAUGGUAUGUGCAAGUGUGCGCAUGCAUGCUUAUAUGUGUGUGGGCACGUGUGUGUGGAAACCCAAGGUUAACAUCAAGAAUUGUCCUCCAUUCUCUUCUACCUGAUUCUUUGAGGCAGGGUCUUUCAGUCAAAGCUAGAGCUUAUAGAUGCUGUUAGUCUUCUUACAAGCCAGCUUGCUAGGAUCCCCGAUCUCUGCUUCUGAGGCUGAGAUUGUAGGCAGAUCCUCAUGCCCACCCAGUUUGGCUCUGGGGACCUGAACGCAGGGCCUCUCGCUUGCAUGGCAAGCACUUUAACUGCUGAGCCAUCUCCCCAGCCUUCUCUUUCGUUUUUGAAGUACAAUUGCUCACUUUCUGGAACACUGCCCUGCUUACUGUACCGGACUAACCUUGACUCAUCCAUAAUCCUGCCUUGUUUGAUUAGUGCCAAGUCUGUCUCUAGCCACUGUUAAGUAGUCAGAGGUGACUACAGAGAAGGCAGAGAUUAAAUCCAGAUGUAGAAUGAUGGAAAGUUCCACAACAGCUACAAUUGCUCUAUGCUUUGAGCAGAGACAGAAAGUCUUAGGAACCAUGGCAGGCAAGCUAGGGAUAGAAGAGCAUGUUAUGCUUAUUGGAGUAAACUGUGAAAUAUAAAGGACAAAUACAAAAUAAACUCAGGCUAUGGGAACCUUGGGUGCCAUGUGACGGUAUAUGUGCAUAAAGAGAACUAGCCUUUGUGUUUGAAGUGUGGAGAGUUAAAUAUCCCCUUCUACCAUUCAUCGACUGCAUCUUUUGGAGUGACCUGUUUUAUCCCUCAGAGCCUCACUUUUCUCUUUCUAGUCCUAGACUUAACAGCUUUGUUCUCUUGCUAUUCAGCUCCCGUAGUGACAAAUGCAGGCAGCUGUUGUUUGUUUGAAUACUGAAAGUCCUUACAUUGCUUCUGUAUUAACCCUAAGCUUUUUGAUGACAAUGUAUUGGUGCUCAUUUGUGUUUUUCACCAAACUUCAUUUGAGGAAAUGUAAGGUCCGUCUUAGGUGUUAAAGAUAAAAAGCAAACACUUAUUUGUGAGGCCUAGAUAAUUUAUGUGUAAUUAAACGGAGGUGCGAAGUUGCCAUGGAAACAGGGAGACAGCCUUCCUGGAAACAGAAAAGCAUUAAAAAUGAAGUGCCUUUUGAGUUAGCUUUGAAGAAUAAAUGGGAGUUUGCUGAGCACAUAAACUGGAGAAGAAACAUCAUCGGGGCAACAGUGUGAAUAGUGUUAACCAGGUGCUUGGCAAAUUCAGGAACGCAGCUAUCCUAGGGUCCGGAGCCACUGUAUUAAAGGUAACCAAACAGCUUGUAAGUUGUACUUUGGUGUUUAAGGCUCUACAGAACUAAGGACAUAAUUUGUACAUUGCUAAAAAGCACAAACAAAAUACCAAUAUAGCGAAUAUUUCAGCCUUUGGCUUUCUAAUUUCAAAAUUCGUUUUUGUAGGUACUAAGUUCAUGAAAUUUGAGUAGUUUUUUUGCCUUUUGAGUUAACGCAUUUUUAAAUAUAUGCCAACGUCUAGAAAAUAGCUCUUAACUACGUAUUUGGUUGCCAAGUAUUAGAUGAGAGUAUAAAAUGUCUGUUGAGUACAAAAGCAGCUCAUUUGACAUGGUUACAGUAAGGGAGAGUCCCUACAGUAGACACAAACCUGUUUCAGUUUAAUUGCAAAGGCUGCGUAACCAAACAAAAUGAUUCCUGGACGUCAUUGUAAAGGCUACUUCUGUAUCAUAGUUACUUUGCAAAUGUUGACACAAGAUUCUGAAAGUAAAAAAGUUUUCUAGCUAAA